AUGACCGCGUUUCAAUCCCCCGUCCAUGGUUCAGCUCACUUUCCAGAUUGCAACCUGGCCCGAGUCCCAGCUCCUUCCUGCUCGUCCCUUAACCGAAGUGCUUUCUUGUCUGAAAUGCCCACGGCCCUUCCUCCGUGUCGUCGCAUCCUUGGCCAUUGUCACACUGUCGUGUUCCGUGUGUCACUCUGUCUUCGGGGUCAGAUGGCAUCCCUUCCCUUUUCCAGGGCAGAUCUGACUGAAUGUUUGCUGAAGAUUUUUUGUCUCUUGGUCCACAAGUAUUUGGAGAGGUCACUGGAAAUGGUGUUCAGUCUUGGCAUUUCAUUUAGGAUCUCCAUAAGAAAUGGGCUUCUUAGCCCUCAAAGUGUAUAUCGUGUGUCUCAUUUGUGA